AGUAUAUGUAUUCUUCCCCCGAAGAAGGCCUGGUACAUCUCCAAAAUUUACGAGCUUUUGGCAGGGUCCCUAUAAGAUUAUCAGAAAGAUGUCUGAUUUGACCUACAUGGUUAACUGUGGACCCCGAGGAGGUGAGCAAGUAAUACAUGUGGAUCGCAUGCGGAAGAAACAUCCACAAAUACUUGCUGGUGAAGAAGUUCAGGAAACAGAAGAAACUGUGUUGCCAGAGAGAGACACUGCACAUGAUACAGUCCCAGAUCAAGAAAAUUCAAGAAACAAUUACAAUGAUCGCCCUGUUAGAAAUAGAAAGCCACCUACAUGGCUGCAUGACUAUUAUGUUGAUAAAUAGUCUAUGUGAUCAAAAUUAUUUAUUAGUAUUAAUGAUCAUUUAUGUAAUCUCUGUGUAUUGUAGAUGGCAAAGACAAAGACAACUCCAAACUAUGAGUUUCGGCGCUGCCCCAUGUGUUCAUACUCAGCUAAGAGUGAGGAGGACUACAGGGAGCACGUUUUCAAAUGCGCAAUGAGGACUUUUCAAUGUCCAAGUUGUGACUUUUCUAAUAACAAAGAAGCUAACCUGAAGAGACAUGUAAAGAGAUGUCACCCAGGAUUGGCACAGGAAGAUUUGAUUAAGCUUGGGGUAAAAGAAAAUAGAAGUGAAGAGGUAAACGAGCCGGAGGAUGAUCACGAAUGGUUGUCUCAAGAUCCGGGAGACCUCAUUGGGGACGUUUUGGACAAUGGGAGUGACGAAGAUGAAGAUUCAUCAAGUCAGAAUACAGAUUGCUUCCCUAAGGAUGAUGACUGCCUUAUGGAAGGAAGACUGUUCCGUAAACCAACAAAGCCUUCCUUACCAGUGUCUCUCAAACGUAAAGCGGAUGUAGUGCCUCCAGUUCCUGAAAAGAAAACAAAAGAUCAGGCGGUCCCGGUCAAUGCUAUAGAGAGGAAAAGAGACAUGGGAACCCAGACAGAUCCUGUCCGGAGAAUCGUUAAAACCAAGACUGUCAAGAAAUUCAGAGAAGGGAGCGUAGAUACUAAGAUUAUUUCUGAAGAGAAAGUCGUGUAUAAUUAG